AUGGCAGCAGUGGGAGAACUGGUGCUGGUACUGGGUUUACUGGUGAGCGCUCACUGUGAGGGAGAGAGAGGCCCCCACCCCACCCGGACCGGGAACUGGUGUGCGUUCGUACAGAGGCGUACGGUAACGAUUGCGGAGAAUUGUGGAACAGAGAAGUACAUCAUCAAGUCUCAGAGUCCCUGUCCGAGCGGGAUCCCCGACUGUCACCUCGUCCUGUAUAAGCUGUCCACCCGGCCAGUCUACACUCAGAAGAAGAAGAUCCUCAGUUCUCUGCAGUGGCGUUGCUGUCCGGGACACGGAGGAUACAACUGUGAGGACACAGUUUCUGAUCCUGGAAGCUCGGUUCUGACUGGAGGAUCUGGUCCACAGCUCCAUGGUCCAGGUGAGUGGGUGUGGCUCCUGCAGCAGCAGCAUCAAGGCGACCAGAACCACAACCAGAACCACGACCAGAACCACGACCAGAACCACGACCAGAGCGACUCUCACGCCUCUGUCAGCAAGCUGCACCACACCAGAUACCAUGACAACCAGCACAACUCCACACACCCAACCCAUGAACCAGGCCACGCCCACAACCCUCAGCAACCCCAGCACCAACCCAAACACCCCCACCCCCACCAGCACCAACCCAAACACCCCCACCCCCACCAGCAGCAGGAACAGGAAGACCUCCGUACAGACGACGUGCUGUACCCAGAAGCCCCUGCUGCCCUCCCCGUCCCCCACAUGAUGGCCCUGGUCAUGUCUGAGCUGCAGCCGAUCCUGCAGGGCUUCAACCGCUCCCUGGAGCACCUGACUCUGCAGGUAGGGGCCCUGGCCCGCGAUGUGGCCCAGCUGAAAGGCAGCCAGCGGGGGCCCGAGCUGCAGGCGGGGCCCCCGGAGGGACCGGAGCUUGACGAGGCGGCGGAGGAACGUCUGGAGGCGAGACUGGAUGAGGUGUUUCAGAACAUCAGGGAGGUGCAGAGGCAGCUGGAGAGUCAGCACGCAGACACGGAGAACAGGCUGCACUCCCAGAAUGCAAUGCUGCACUAUAACCUGACCAGCUUCAAGAUGGACGUCGACAUGAAGCUGAAACGCCACCAGAAGAUGCUGCAGGUCAGCCUGCAGGCUGUUAACACCACUCUGUCAGAGCUGAAGCUGGACCAGGACCAGGACCAGGACCAGGACUGGACCACUGAGAGACAACUCGAUGAUCACCUCCUGCUUCUUACCCCAACCCCCCUCCGGCCCCUGCAGCCCUCAGACUCUUCAGCCCUGUGGGAAGCCAUCGAACGCCUGGACAACAUGGUGGUCAACAACACGGUGAAGGUGAACGGGCUGAUUGAGGACGUGGAGGUGAACUCGGGGAGCAUCCAGCAGCUGAGGCGGGACUGUACGGAGCUGGAGAGGCAGCUGAACCAGACGGCCAGGAAUACUCAGAUCCUGUUCAUGGAGACGGGGCUCGAGGUCGAAGACGCCAAGGUGGUGGUGCUGAGGCGGGUGGAGGAGCUGGCGGGAAAUGUUACGCAGCAAAACAAGCAGCUGCAGGAAGUGGAGGCGGACAUGGACUACCUGUGGGACUGCAAAUGCAAAGGGCUGAAGGACACCGUGGAACGACUGGAGAGGGACGUCGCCAACGUGACAGCUCUGGCCAAUGAUAACAGGUUAGCCCUGGAGGAGAACAACGGGGAGGGGCUGGAGCAGUGGGGCGACGCCAGCGACUGGGAGACAGCGGUGGCGGUGCUUCAACGUGACCUCCAGCAGGUGAAGGAGUCUCUGGUCUCGGAGCAGACCAGGACCAGGACUCUGGGCCACAGCAUGACCCAGCUGAACAGCUCGGUGAUGGUGAGUCUGGAUGAGCACUUGGGUCUGAAGGACGCGGACAGGAAGCUCAGGGAGGAGAUGCAGCACCUGUCGUUGUCCUUCAACUCUCUGCUGAAGGACGCCAUCCGCCACAGCGACGUGCUGGAGCUGCUGCUGGGGGAGGAGGUGAUGGAGUACCUGGAGUGGUCCGUCGAGGACCAGGAGGCCAACUCCAUCCCGGCCCUGAAGGGGCAGCUGAGGUUCCUGCAGGAGCAAGUGAGAGGACACAACCUGAGCAUCACAUCGCUGCUCGGCAACAAGCCAGAAGACAGAGAGGAGGUGCCGUCUGCUGACCAGCCCUCCUCCCCCCACCUCCCCCCUCAUGACUGGUUUCCAGGUGGCGUGAGGCGGAGCCAAGGAGGAGAAGCAGCCCGGGAGCGGCAGCUCCUCCUUCACCCUGCGGGGGGGCGUCCGGAGCUCAGAGGAGACGGCAGUGAUCUGUGGAACCUGGAGAGGACGGUGGAGGAGCUGGAGCAGAAGGUGGUCCGUUUGGAGGAGAAGCCCUGCUCCUGCCCCAAUGCCUCCUCUGAGAGGGAGGGGCUGCCCGGGGCCGUGGACGCCAAACUGCAGGCGGAGGUGACGUGGCUGAAGAGGGGGCUGGAGGAACACCUGAGGGUGUUCAAGAACGUCUUCAGCAACGCCGACGUGCUGACAGCGUCCGACGCCACGCUGGAUCUGGAGAAGCUGUGGCAGCUGGUGAAGAGAGAGGGAGGGAGGAGGGAGAAGAAGAGAGGAGGAGGGAGGGAGGAGGCAGGAGGAGGAGGACACCAUAGAAACAGGAGGGAGUCGUCAGAUGUUCUGCCUGUCCCUCUCAGCCAAUCAGAGGCCUCCCUGCUGUUUGUUGCGGGACCUCCUCUGAGCGCCUCAGGCAGCUUCCUCGUCUUCCAGCCAUCUCUGAAUUGGGGUCAGUUUUACUCUGGCGGCUCCUUCAUGGCUCCGCUGGACGGGAUCUACCUGUUCGUCCUCACCUUGGACCUGAGGCCAGGUCCAGCACAUGUGGUCCUGAGGAAGGGGUUGGGUGAAGCUCCGGUGUCUCUGCUCCGACAGGAGGUGACGGAGGCUGGACCAGCUACAGGUGUGGGCCUCCUGCUGCUGAGGGAGCGGGAGGAGGUGAGGCUGGAACUGAGGGGAGGAGUGUGGGCGGAGUCAGAGGACAAUGUGUUCACUGGGCUGCUGCUUCACCGAACCACCUGAGGCCCUGUGGACCAAUCAGCUGACCACCGGAGGAAAGACCCUGAUCAGAGACUGUGGGGGGGCGGAGUCACUGAGGCUCAGAAUUAGAGAUGAAAAAAAAAAAAAAGAAUUGAAUUUGCUGAACUCCAGACGCAGUUUACAAAGUAAAACAUCAAGAACCUGAAACAAGAUCAGAUCUGAUAAAACUGACUGACACUCCACCAACGUGUUGACAGGCGGAUGUCCAACAUGUCCAACUGGACGAGGGGUUCAGGAACCACAGAUACAAGUCUCCUCCCUCAGAGCACGUUUGGUUCAGAUCUGGAGUCAGCACAUGGCUAGCCUAGCUUAGCAUAAAGACUGGAAACAGAGGGAAACAGCUAGCCUAGCUCUGUCCAAAAGCUCAAACACCUCUAGAGCUCAGUGUGUUGGAUCAUUGACUGACUGAUAUAGGGGAUGGUAGAUAGUGAUGUCACCAGAGUGUCCACUCUGUCCUUAAUUACGCAGCUGCCCACCUCUGCCACAAGAGGGCGCAAAUGCGUCAGUUGGCUGCUUCUCCAACACAGUGACCUACAGGUUGUAAAUGUAAAACUCACAGUUACGUCUGUACAGCGUCUCUCUGUGGCCAGUGUGCACAUUUUCUGGGUUUCAGUUGCUGCACCGACUGUUGAACUUAAAUAGUUCCAGUAACUUUCUCUAAAACUACAAACUCUGGACUCGACAUCUCAGUCAUCUGCAGAGCUGCUGGGAGGGGCAUGUUUGAAGGUUGGACAGAGCUAAGCUAGCUGUUUCCCUCUGCUUCCAGUCUCUAUGCUAAGAUAAGCUAAUCAUGUCCUGACUCCAGCUCCAACACCUCAGUCAGCUGAUGGACUAGAACAGACUUGGUAAAGUUUCUGCCUGCUGCUUCAACCUCAUCAAUAUUGAUUGAUCUGAUUGUCUUGACUGAUCAUGAGAUUAAAAUUCUGCCCCCGGAUCAACUGUUGCAUCUAUCUGAAGCUGAGGAGAGAAAAAUAUCUGACUUCCCAUCAGCAUGUAAAAUCAUCUUUUAAAGUACCAGGAGAAACAGUCUGUGUCAACUGAGUUCCAUAUUUUACAUGAAGAAAAUAUUUGUAUGUAAAGUCACAGUGUGUGUAAUGUUGUAAACAACCAGUAUGAUGAUGUAAAAUCACAGAGCAGUAUAUAUUUAUGUAAAGGAACGGCUGAGCCGAACGUUAACCUGUCACCAGCCUGUAACUUAAUAAAAAGCUUUAUCUACA